AAUACAUCGGCGAAAAGUUUGGACUACUCCCUAUACUUUCAUACCAAUUUAAACGAAAAACGAUAGUAAACGACUGAUUUUCCAGCAAGAUGUGUAAAAGACCGGCAUCUCCUACUGAAUCCGACAAUGCUUCCGGUGAACCCACGGAUACCUAUAUCCAAAUUCUAACUUCUGGUGGUCGAAGGAUUCCGGCGCAUGCUAACAUUCUGGCAUCAGCUUCGACGGUGUUGAAAAGCAUAAUCGAUAAACCGAGAAAGCAUCGGAGCUCCGACAAGACUGUUCCCAUACUCGGCGUUCCGUGUGACGCCGUCGAGAUGUUCGUCGGAUUCCUUUAUUCAAACAAGUGCACAGAAGACGACAUGGAGAAAUUCGGGAUUCAUCUAUUGGCGCUUUCUCAUGUCUACCUGGUCCCACAACUGAAAUCGCGUUGUAGCAAAGCCUUAAUCGAACGGUUAACAAUUGAGAACGUAGUUGAUGUUCUUCAACUUGCGAGACUCUGCGACGCACCUGAUCUUUACCUCAAAUGUGUAAAACUCGUGUCUAAAGGUUUUAAAGCCGUUGAGAAAACUGAAGGCUGGAAGUUUCUUCAAACCAAUGAUCCUUUCCUCGAGCUCGAAAUCCUUCAGGUCAUCGAUGAAUCUGAAUCGUUGAGGAAGAGAAACAGGAAGCGUAGGAAAGAACAGAACUUGUAUAUUCAAUUGAGUGAAGCCAUGGAUUGUUUAGAACAUAUUUGCACAGAAGGUUGCAUAAGUGUAGGACCAUGCAACAAAGAACCCACCAAGAACAUGUUUCCAUGUAGCAAAUUCUCAACAUGUCAAGGCUUGCAGCUCUCGAUUCAACAUGUGGCAAACUGUAAGAAGAGAGUGAAUGGAGGGUGUGUUAGGUGCAAAAGGAUGUGGCAACUUUUCAAACUCCAUUCUUCCAUCUGCGAACUACCUGAUUCAACUUGUAACGUUCCCCUUUGCAGGCCAUUAAAGGCACAAAAUAUGAAAAACAAGAAGGAAGAGGGAAGAUGGGAGUUGUUGGUUAGAAAGGUGACCUUGGCAAAAGCCACAUCUUCCUUGUUAUUGCCGAAAAAGAAAAGGAACGAAAAGGAUCCAACACCAAAAAAUAUUAUGGCAUUAGAAAUUUAGUUUGUUAAUUAUAAUAUAAGAAAACAAAAUAGUUGUUUGAUUCUUUUUCUUUCUAUGAGGAAGUAGCAAAGCAUGUGUAUUGUGUAUUGUGUGGAAU